AUGCACACACGCCGUCAACUGCAAUUACCAUGGAAAAGCAAAACAGCGACAAAACCGCGCCUUUUGGAAUUGAGGUCGUCGACAUGGUUUAUUCUGACGGCUGUUUGCUUUGCUUCCGCGACCGAUUAUUUCAUGUAUGGCUUGAUCGUGCCUGUCGCCCCCACAGCACUGGAGAAUAGGGUUGGCUUGCCUCAUUCGAAAGUACAAAGCUGGAUAUCCAUUCUUCUUGCUAUAUUCUCCGCCACUCUAUUAGUCUCAUCGCCGUUAUUUGGCUACUUCGCGGAUCGAAUCGGGUCGCGACGAUGGCCCUUCCUCUUUGGCCUGGCAAUGCUGGGGGCAGCAACGGCCCUGCUCUGCGUUGGAACACAUAUCGGGCUUUGGGUUGUGGGCCGCAUCUGUCAAGGCAUCGCGGGUGCGAUUGUCUGGGUGGUGGGUGUUGGCCUGGUGAUAGAUACAGUUGGGAAAGAAGGACUGGGCCAAUUCUUUGGAUACAUGUCAAUGACAGCCAACCUGGGUAUGGUGGCAGGUCCUCUGCUGGGAGGAGUACUGUACCAAGAAAGCGGCUACUAUUCAGUCUUUGGUCUGGCCUUCGGGCUUAUUGGAGUGGAUAUCUUCUUUCGAUUGGCAUUGAUUGAGAAGAAGCACGCGAUCAGGUGGCAAGAAGUGGCAGUCGAAGUUGAGACGGUAGAAGAAGAGCAGAGACACCUAGGUCCUCCUCGAAGUACCUUGGGGCGCGUUGUCUUUCUUCUCAAGUCAUACCGGCUCAUCGUGGCUCUGUGGGCGAAUAUCAUGGUCGCGAUGGUGUGGACGUCUUUCGACAGCGUUCUCCCAUUAUUCGUGCAAGAGACGUUUGGAUGGCAGCAAACUGGACAAGGGCUGAUUUUCCUUACACUUUUGGCACCUCACUUCUUCGCUCCUCUGGCGGGAGCUGUGGUGGACAAGUUCCCUCGAUCCUCUCGUUAUAUGACCGGCGUGUCAUUCUUGAUAUUCUUACCCGCCGCGGUUCUGUUACGUUUUGUGACGGAGAAUUCGAUGAAGCACAAGGUUCUUCUAUGUGCUCUCCUUACAAUCAUUGGCCUAUGUGUUGCCGUGAGCUUACCCGCGUUGGAUCUAGAAGUGUUCAACGCUGUCGGGGCAAAGGAAGCUGAAGAUCCUCAAGCCUUCGGGUCGGAUGGGACGAUGUCAUUGGCCUUUGGUCUUACGAACAUGGGGUUUGCUUCUGGUAACCUCAUCGGACCUUUCUUUGCCGGAUUCAUCCGCCAGCAGGCCGGUUGGGCAACAAUGAGUUGGGCCUUAGGGUUGGUAGUUGGCAUCUCAGGGAUUCCAGUCCUAUUUUUCAUGGGCGGAUCGAUCUUUAGCCCAAUAGAAAAUGCAGGAACGAAACAAGGCGCGGGGACUGAUGUGAAGAAUUAG